ACACUACACCUGGAGCAUUUGACCAACAACGCCCCUCUAUCUCUAUACAGGUAGUGGCACGCCUUUGUUACAGAGGCAAGGAAUACCUCUCUUCCCAAGUCGGAGCGAUCGUGAUCGCGGUCUCGGAUCCAGGACUUUCCCUUGACCCCUACUAUUGCUACAUCCCUCAUCAACCGACCAUAGGACAUCUGGACACUAGUUGUUGUCCGAGAUCGAGAAUACAAAAACCCGGUCGACAGAUCCUAUCUGCUGGGUACCGGAACUGGUUCGAGGCAAAGAGCACGUUGAACAGAUCCAGUCCCUGGACUUGGCGAGGAGAACCUAGCAAACCUACACGGAGCACAGCGAGGGGCAUCGAGCACCACGGCGGGACGAAACAACAACGCCUCGCAUUCUUACCGUCUCAAGAACCGAAUCGCUGCUAAUCUUCCGCGCCACCGUUCUCCCCGCUCUCUGGACUGCAGGAAUAUAUCGUCUCUCUCCUUCUGUCCACCCAGGCGAAUCUAUCCGGGGGAGCGAUGCCGCCACGAAAGAGCGCCGCCUCGACGGUGUCCGGGGCAGAGGCAAACGGCGACGUCUCCACGUUGUCCACUGCAACGAAUGCUACAGCUUCAUCUUCCACUCAACAUGCGCAUCCGAAAUCAUCAAGGCAAUCGGGAGCUGGAUCGGGGAGGCAGGAUGAUGGUGUGGGAAUUGAUGACCUCCUUCUUCCCCGCUCUCUCGUAUCCCGUCUCUCUCGCGGGGUCCUCCCCCCUAACACCUCGCUACAAAAAGACGCCCUUCUCGCUCUGACCCGCUCCGCAACCGUCUUCAUCUCCUACCUUGCCCACCACGCGAACGAGCAAUCGCAACUACGGCACAAGAAAACACUGAAUGUGCAGGACGUCAUGGCCGCGUUAAAGGAGAUUGAGUUCGGAAAUGUGAUGGAGCUGGGUGCGGUGGGGGAGGACGGGAGGACCGGCGGAAGACUGGAACGGGAGGUGGAGGUGUACGAGGAGAUCAUAGGGAGGAAGAGGAGGGGGUACAGAGAGAAAGUCAAAGCGCGGGAGUCUGGCGGUGCAGAGGGAGCUGGGGAAAUGGAAGACCGGGGGGAGCCGAGUAGUAAGAAGAUCCGGCGCAUGAGCGCUGAAGACGAGGAUGAAGAGGAGCGGAUGCUGGAGCAGCAGCUCAACGGGACAACCGGCGAAGAGGCCUCGGCCGCCGAGAAAGGGCCAGCCAAGACGAAAAGUCGAGAGAACGGGGGCAUUUCGGUGGUUGUGCGGAAUGGUAAGGGGAAAGGGAAGCCUGAUCCGACCCAGGAGGAAGAUGCACAUGUAGAUGAAGGAGGGGACGAAGAUGGUGAGGAGGCCGACGAUGACGAACAAGAGGAAGACGAGGGGGAGGAGGAGGAGGAUGAAGAAGAAGACGACCAGGAAGAGGACGACGACGAAGAUCAGGACGACGACGACGACGACGACACCGCUGCUCAUCACGCUGACGAUGACGACGACCACGAUAUCGACGUCGACGACUCAAGGCAAGCCAACGGUCGCGCGGCUGGGAGGGUAGGACUGCUGCCCGACGGGAACGUCGAGAUUGCAAGCGACGACGAGAGUGAUUGAACGCAGCUCGCGGUCCCUUUAUCGGCCUCUGUCGCUGUCCUCCGUAUCAUGCCCGCGUAUACCAAAACCGGUUGCAAACCCAAUGGGAGUGAAAACGUGUCUUGCCUUGCCCCACCUGUUCGAUACCGGAACAAUGCCCCUUUCUUUUUUCUUCUCUUUCCUCCACCUCCACGUCCCGUGCCAAUAGCUCAGAUACCGAGGAAGACGGCGCCAGGUCCGCAAAGGCAAGACUAUAUCCGCGCAUCCACGGGAC